ACGCAGCUUAGGUCAUACCUCUGUGAACAAAAUAUGCUUUCCCAUUGGCUGCCCUUCACGAUAAUCAGUUUCUGAUUCAAAUGAGAAACAUUAGACUGGUUUCGUGUGCGAUCUGUCAAGACAAUUAACCGAACAGGACUACACUGUAAUGCUACUCUAAGGCUUAUCGUUUGAAUGUGGGAAGAGCUGGUGGAACGUUUUACCUAAGGAUCGAUUGAGUCUUCACGAUCCAGAGGAAUGAUGGGCGACUUGAUGACCAAACGGGCCGACCUCUCGCCACUCUAAGUUCCAGGAUCUCACGGCGGUCAUGUGAAACCCACGACCCGCUCCAUGAGUGAAGGGAUGAGACACCCGAGCGGUGACUCCACCCCAGGGGACCAGCGGCCGACGGCCCCCCCACCUACUACCCCUGUCCUCCCCUAGCGAUCCACAUAAAGCUGGUCCACCGCUCUCCUUUUCCCCUCCACCAGUGGCCACUAUUACCCAGCAUUGCUCCAGCUAAGCCCAUCCCAGCCCCCCUCCUCUCCCCCUCCCCCUCCCACCCCCUUCCCCACCCUCUCCUUCCCCAUCGUCUUUCGGGCGGCUGAGUUGGUGCGCGAUGGCCCGGCGGCAGGACGCUGAUGGGUGCCGCGGCGGACUGUGAUGUCACAGCCCAGCAGCCCGGGCGAGAGCCAGCGUGGCGCUCCGAGAUUCUUCGUUGGCUGUGAGGACGAUGAGAGCGAGGACCCGGAAGAGCGCACCCGGACCGACAUGGAGCUGUACAUGGCCGACGAAGGUGGCGACACGCCCCCCGAGCGCCAGAUUGUGGUGGGGAUCUGCUGCAUGAUGAAGAAAUCCAAGUCCAAGCCCAUGACCCAGAUCCUGGAGAGGCUGUGCAAGUUUGAGUACAUCACGGUGGUCAUCUUCCCCGAAGACGCCAUCCUCAACGAGCCUGUGGAGAAAUGGCCUUUGUGUGACUGCCUCAUUUCUUUCCACUCUAAAGGAUUUCCCCUGGAUAAGGCUGUGAGUUACGCCAAGCUCAGAAACCCCCUGCUCAUCAAUGACCUGAACAUGCAGUAUUACAUACAGGACAGGAGGGAGGUUUAUCGGAUCCUGCAGGAGGAAGGGAUUGACCUGCCGCGCUAUGCUGUACUGAACAGAGACCCAGAUAACCCGGAUGAGUGCAGCCUACAGGAGGGGGAGGACCAGGUGGAGGUCAACGGGGAGGUGUUCCCCAAGCCCUUCGUGGAGAAGCCCGUCUGCGCCGAGGACCACAACGUCUACAUCUACUACCCCAGCUCGGCGGGCGGCGGCAGCCAGAGGCUCUUCCGGAAGAUCGGCAGCCGGAGCAGUGUGUACUCCCCAGAGAGCAGCGUGCGCAAAACAGGCUCCUACAUCUACGAGGAAUUCAUGCCCACGGACGGCACCGACGUGAAGGUGUACACGGUGGGGCCCGACUACGCCCACGCCGAGGCCCGCAAGUCCCCCGCCCUGGACGGGAAGGUGGAGCGGGACAGCGAGGGCAAGGAGAUCCGCUACCCCGUCAUGCUGUCGGCCAUGGAGAAGCUGGUCGCCCGCAAGGUGUGCCUGGCCUUCAAGCAAACGGUGUGCGGCUUCGACCUCCUCCGGGCCAACGGCCACUCAUACGUGUGCGACGUGAACGGCUUCAGCUUCGUGAAGAAGUCCAUGAAGUACUACGACGACUGUGCCAAGAUCCUGGGGAACAUCGUGAUGCGUGAGAUGGCUCCCCAGUUCCACAUCCCCUGGUCCAUCCCCACGGAGGCCGAGGACAUCCCCAUCGUCCCCACCACAUCUGGCACCAUGAUGGAGCUACGCUGUGUCAUCGCAGUUAUCCGGCAUGGCGACCGAACACCCAAACAGAAGAUGAAGAUGGAAGUUCGUAAUCCAAUGUUCUUCGAGCUUUUUGAAAAAUACGCUGGUUACAAGACCGGGAAACUGAAGCUCAAGAAGCCAAGACAGCUGCAGGAGGUGCUGGACAUCACCAGACAGUUGUUGGCAGAACUGGGGCAGCACACUGACUGUGAGAUAGAGGAGAAGAAGUCCAAACUGGAGCAGCUAAGGACGGUCCUAGAGAUGUACGGCCACUUCUCCGGGAUCAACAGGAAAGUGCAGUUGACCUACCUGCCCCACGGACAGCCCAAGACCUCCAGCGAGGAGGAAGACACCCGGAAGGAAGGGCCGUCCCUGCUGCUGGUGCUCAAGUGGGGCGGAGAGCUGACCCCCGCGGGCCGGGUACAGGCCGAGGAGCUGGGCCGCGCCUUCCGCUGCAUGUACCCCGGGGGACAAGGAGACUACGCCGGCUUCCCCGGCUGCGGGUUGCUACGGUUACACAGCACAUACAGGCACGACCUGAAGAUCUACGCGUCGGACGAGGGCAGGGUUCAGAUGACGGCGGCCGCCUUCGCCAAGGGCCUGCUGGCGCUGGAGGGGGAGCUGACCCCCAUCCUGGUGCAGAUGGUGAAGAGCGCCAACAUGAACGGCCUGCUGGACAGCGACAGCGACUCGCUGAGCGGCUGCCAGCACCGCGUCAAGGCCCGGCUGCACGACAUCAUGCAGAAGGACCAGGAGUUCACGCCCGACGACUAUGACAAGCUUGCGCCGACCACCAGUGCCUCCCUGGUGAACUCAAUGAAGAUCGUGGAGAAUCCCGUGGGUGUGUGUGACCAGGUCUACACGCUCAUCCAGAGUCUCACGGCCCAGAUCCGCAAGAGGAUGGAGGACCCCACGUCUGCGGACCUCCAGCUCUACCACAGUGAGUCCCUGGAGCUGAUGCUGCAGCGCUGGUCCAAGCUGGAGCGGGACUUCCGCAUGAAGAGCGGCCGCUACGACAUCAGCAAGAUCCCCGACAUCUACGACUGCGUCAAGUACGACGUGAUCCACAACGGCUCGCUGGGCCUAGAGGACACGCUGGAGCUGUUCCGCCUCUCGCGGGCCCUGGCCGACAUCGUCAUCCCCCAGGAAUACGGCAUCAACAAGGCGGAGAAGCUGGACAUCGCCCAUGCCUUCUGCCUGCCGCUGAUGCGCAAGAUCCAGAUGGACCUCCAGAGGACCCACGAGGACGAGUCGGUGAACAAGCUGCACCCUCUGUACUCCCGUGGCGUGAUGUCCCCCGGACGCCACGUUCGAACCCGCCUCUACUUCACGAGCGAGAGCCACGUGCACUCGCUGCUGAGCGUCUUCCGCUACGGGGGUCUGCUGGAUGAAGAGAAGGACCAGCAGUGGAAGCGUGCGAUGGACUACCUCAGUGCCAUCUCUGAACUCAACUACAUGACCCAGAUCGUCAUAAUGCUCUACGAGGACAACAAAAAGGACAUCUCGUCGGAGGAGCGCUUCCACGUGGAGCUCCACUUCAGCCCGGGGGUCAAAGGGGUCGGUGAGGAGGAGAACGCCCCCACCGGCUUCGGCUUCAGGCCCGCCUCCUCGGAGAACGGGCAGAAGCAGACGGACCCGGGCAGCCUGGAAGACCUGACCCGGGAGGAGGGCGAGGGGGCCGCCGUGCUGUCGGAGCCCAUCAGCAUGCAGAGGAAGUCCCCGCUCGUACGCAACCGCAAGACGGGCUCCAUGGAGGUGCUGUCUGAGAUCUCGUCGUCUAAAGCGGGCAGCUAUCGUCUCUUCCCCACCUGGACUCGUCAGUCACCUGAGAUGAAGCAGAGCGGACUAGGGUCUCAGUGUGCCGGGCUCUUCAGCACCACGGUCCUAGGGGGUUCCUCUAGCGCCCCCAACCUGCAGGACUACGCACGCACAAACCGGAAAAAAUACUCCUCCGGCAGUCAGUCCUACAAAGAUGAGCCCCUGGAGGACCACCAUGUGGCCCAGUUGUUGAACCGCUUCUCCAUUGACCUUAGCCGUGGGGGGCACCUGUGCCUGGACGGGGCUCUAGCCCACCACCUUCACCAGUGCUCCUACCACCUGCGCCUGUUCCGCAAACUGGCUCGUCUCGGCCAGGACCCCCUAGAGUAUAUCUACGGCUUCGAGGGCUGCUCCAUGGUGCCGUCCAUCUACCCCCUGGAGACGCUGCACAACUCGCUCUCGCUCAAACAGGUCAACGAGUUCCUCACCGCCGUCUGCGAGAACGCCGGAGAUUCACAGGCCAGGUCCACCCAGGCUCUGUCGGCCAUGUUUGACACGCAGAACCAGCCCAACGUGGACUCGUACCUCCCCCAGAGAGUGCUGUCCUCCUCCUCCUUCAAGACCCGGUCCGACAGGCCGGCCUGGUACAGCAGCGGUCCUUCCAGCACUGUGUCCAGCGCCGGACCCUCCUCCCCCACCGCGGCCGACACCUCCCCGCGCUUCAGCUUCAGCGACAAGGUGGCCCUCAGCCCCCAGGGCGGCGAGGAGGCCCACGCCUGUCACCACGGCUCCUGUCUGCCGACGGUCGGCGCCCUGCGACCUCCGGACCUGACCGGCCCCGGCCUCUGUCCUCCUGAAGACCAGGGGACCUUCGGGAACCCCUCGCCACCAGAGUACCCGGCCCCGGAGACUGCAGCCCCGGGUCCCCACUCGGCCCCGGGGCCCCCCAGCCCUGGGUCUCUCGGUCCUGGGACACUCGGUCCUGGCUCUCCCAGCCCUGGAAGAACAACCCGAACACGGGCACGAGGAGGAGCCAGAGGAAGGCCCCGGCGCGCCGGAGACUCCCCGCGGCGAAAGCGCCGCCGAACCCGGUCCGGGUCGGACCCUCCCUCGCUCCCCCCUGGCCGAGCUCCCUCUGGCCCCCCUGGAGGGCUACUGCUGCCUGCCGGGCUCUCUACCGGCGCUGCCGGAGCUCAGGGAGAGCGGCAGCGAGGCGGGCUCCAGCGCUCAGACGCCCCAGUCCCCGGAGGUGCCCUCCGAGGAGUUCUUCGACACACAGGAGUCUGUGGAGGACUGGAGGGACGGCCUCGGCGGCCUCUCCCACUCUGGGACCCCGGUGGAGGUGAGAGCCCCCCACACGGCCGAGCCUUGGGGGGGGGGGGGGGGCCUGAGGGUCAUUGAUGACAUCGACGACAUGGACCUUGACGGUCCCUAAGCUCCCUCCUGAUGUCCCAGGGGGUCUGUCACAAAAGUGUUUUGAAUCAAAUGAUCUUAAUCUUUGCCUCUCGGGGUGUGCGUAGUGAUGUCGUGGAUCCUCUCGUUUGUUUUUGAAGUCACUGUAGCAGAACACUUGUUGUCCACCUUGUCCACGUCAAUGUGGGCGAUUCACAACAUGCCGCUGGGCGUCCAACGAAAGAGACCGCCGAUCGUUGAAAGAUGCAUACCGGUGGUCCCCGGCCUCAGUGGCCAUACGAGCCCCGGAAGUUCAGCUUUAAUGUUUCAUGUUUGACUCGACCCCGCCCCUGGGGGGGCUCAUGCCUCCCCCGCGUCCCCCUCUAGACUUGAGCCUCCGAGGCUCAACCGGCCUCCCUGGACGGGGGGAAGCCCUACACUGGGACUCUACGUGGGUCUCCCAGGAAGGUCCUGCACCAUGUGUUCACAGGACUGGGUGUCACCAGGGGGGUUAUCAGGAGAUGCUCCACCACCCCUGACUAGGUGAAGGAACGUCUGUGGUGGCUUCCUGUUGUGCAGGGGCCUGAUUAAUCCCGCAGACGCCAUCACCACAUGGAGGGACGCGGUUACAAAGUGAAAGGAGCAUAAAGCAAGCUAGGUUCUACAGCUGUGGCCCCGGUGUUUGUGUUCCUGUGUUCGCAAGCACAUGCCAGCAUACAUUGUCUCUGCCGUGUCUACGUGCCGUCACGUGUUGUCUAUAUACAUGGGUGUGGUGUGUUAUGUGAUUUUAAAAAAAUUAUUUGUUUCUGACUGCCGUCUUGGCUCUCGUACCGCCUUGUGAUGCUAGCGUUGAUCCGGGUCCCAGGUCCGUCAUAUGUGCACUGCUUACUGUUUGGCAACCAGCCCUGGGAUGAGUAACGAGGCUGGGUGACGAUGCAAAAGCCGACAUAGUUAUAUUUUUAUUAGGGGAAGGGAGUGUUGGGGAAGGAAUGUGUUCUAGAGGGUUCAUGAUCCAUGGACGAGGCGAGGGAGUGAGGUCUGGGGCAGGGGGUAUCCCACAGUAGGACCGCCAAUUCUGUCACAGUUACAGCCCGUCGUCGUCGUGUCUGGUGCUUGAGGGUGAUCCGAUUAUUAACAAAUGACAAUUGUAUUUUAGUCUGCUUGUUUCCCUCCCUCCCAAUCUCUUCUCUCUACUUACUGUGUUUUAACUUACACCUUGGAGAUUCGGUUUGCCAGCCUUGCAAUCACCUUCAUUUGUACCGGCUGUGUGCUCUGUGAGGGCAUAUAAGCCUCCAGGCUUAAUAACCCUAGUCCCCCAAAUCAGGCUUUAGAACGGGGCCUUUCCAUUGCUUUCACUUCAUGUUUGUUUUGACCAAUCAUGUUAGUCAGAGGCCUAUUCACUCAAACACAAACUCGGCCAGCAGUAGUAUGCUGAAAAUUGUCUCUAAAAGUCACAAAUCAUCAUCGUGCAGACUGUAAACGUCAACCUUUAAGAAGCCUCUAAGAGCUUCAUCCAUGUUUUCUUCUGUAGAUUAUCUCCGUAACUACCCCAGCAGUCCAGGUGUCCGGCCCAGGCUCGGUGUCCCCCUCCCCCCAAGACAUUGUUCUACUAUAGCCAGUAGGACGGCUGGAUCCCAGAUUAUCGUUCCCCCAGAUUGUCUCUAGGCGUGUAACCUCCAUGAUUGCCCCGAGCGGGGCUGGGAGGAGGCUGCCCUCCCACGCGCCUCCUCUCCUCGGUUCUCCUCUCCAUAACUGCCAAAGUCCUUACGCCUCAUCUAGAAUAUAAUGCAUAUAAAAAUAUAUACAGACAUUUAUAUCUAAAUAUAUAAAUAAUUAUUAGGGAAAUCAUUGAGAAAAAUGUCUAUUUAUUUUGAAUUUGCUUCUGGGAAAUGUGUAUUUCUUUUGUUUGCCAACCCACUAGAAAUGGAUAAACAUAGCUACUGUUUAUUUUCUUAUGAAACACCCUUCUAUGUGAGAGAAUCCUCAACCUAAUUCUAAAUGUAUAUUAACUAGAGAUCAUUUAAAGUCCCUCAGAGGGUGGGUCUUUCUUGUAGUGGGUUCUCUGUGGUCCUACUGUGCUAAGCACAGUACAAUGUCACUGACAUGUAGCAAGGUUUUGCAGGUCUGUGCUUCAAGACUGCAAAGAAUUCAAAGCAAUUCUGGUCUUGAACAUGUUUGUCCGUUGAUGCACUGUAGACUGGGUUGUCUUGAAAGGAACCAGCGAGAGUAAGUUACCGUCAGCACUGCUGUGUGCAUAACAUAUAACUCCGUCCUGUCGGUGGACGUGUAGUUGAACAGAUUUGUGAAUGACAAUCUGAUCCUGUGUUGUUGUUUUUGUUUGUUUGUUUUGUUUGUGUGUUCUUGCCGGUGCUAUUGUGCAGGAUAUGCGUUGUAUACUAAAAGCUUGCUUUAUUUUUUUUCAAAGGAGUGGGUUGAUGAGAUCAAGCUUUCCUUAACUGAGGAUUGAUGGUUUAUUUGAUGUAGUUAAAGAAGCCUUUCUACAGAGCUUGUGUUGCAAUUAUUUGCUGAGAUACGUGAACUGAAAUGCACUUGUAUAAUAAACUUCAGCCUAAAAAGGAGCCUCAUUAAGGUGUUAAGAAAGCUAUACUUUACUACAGAGGCGUACUGUAAUGUUGCCGUAUGCUAGCCUGCAGCUCCAUGCCUUUUCCCUUUCUAUAAAUGCAGUUUUCAUUUUAACUUCAUAAUGUCCUGCAAUAAAAUGCUAUUCUGGAACAU